AUGGGAGGCAAUUGUUACUGCCGAACCUCUGAACUGGUCGUGCCGCGUGGACGGCGCCGCAUAAACGCCGAGGGAGGCAUGGGCAGCCGGCGCCGGCCCAUAGACCGGUCAGCCCAGACCAGGCGUGCUCGCGCGAAUGAAGCGGCACUGAGGAAGGUGGCACGGCUAGUUCUUUGUUUACAACCUCGUAUGAAAGAGCACGUUUCGUCUGUUUCGUUCGAGGUGUGCCGCGCCAAGGGGCACGUACGUCCAUCGCCUCAAUAA